CUGUCGUCCAUUUUCCUUCUCUCUCCUCUCGAUUUUCUCUCUGUUUUUUCCUUCCCUCUCUGUCAAACAGAAAACCAAAAAUCGAAAUGCCUAAGAUUUUUUCUUUCUCUCCUCUGGGAACUAGCAAAAAUCGAUCCUUUGCCCCUUCCCCUAAAUAAAAACCGAUCAUCUCCUUCUCUACCUCGCUCGUAUCCGGAACCCGCUCUAAUCGUUAGAGGAAAAAGGAACCCAACUCCAAAUCCAUGGCCACCCUGCACCUCUCCUCUCAAUCCGUUCGUUUUCUCGUUUAAAUGGCGACGAUAAUGAAGAAAUCAAAAAUCGGGGUUGGAUCUGGGAGAACUAGACGGCGAAAAGGAUAGCAGAGGGUGCUCCGACGACGGCGACUCACAGAUUUGGAUUUUGGAAGGGAACAUAUCGAGGUAGGUUUUCCUAAACUUGGCUCACUAUGGCUAGGAGGUUUAAACUAAAAAAAAACGGUUUUAUUGCAGAUUUGAGAAUGAUCCACAAAUCUGAGUUUGAGGGGAAAAUGGUUGUGUUUGUGAUUCUGAAUAUGAACUUAUGGAUCUGAUUUUUGGGUUAUUCUGUGUCGGAAGUUUUG